UUGGAGAGACUGUCGAGAGCCAGCAAGAACAUAAAGAAAAACUGAAGAUGAUGUCUCAGCAAACUGAUGUGAAUCCAGAAGAGGUCAAACUUCUGAUGAAGCUGACUUUCUACACUCAACGAAAACAUGUCAACCAGGGGGAAAAUAUCAAGAACCUCCUUAAAGAGUGGCCAUUUUUGUUUGAUGAGCUUGGUAUGGCAGUCCACUUUCAAGAACUUACCGGAAUUGGGCUGAAAGAAGCUUUCACACGGAAUCUGGAUCUAAAGGGGAAGCGGCUCCUCAGCUACAUGAAGACUGUUUGUGUGAACAAGAGCAGAAAGUUCCUAGAGGCGCUAACAAAGUAUCAAGUAAUGAGGGGGGAGCUGAGUGGUUGCUCGGAAGACCUCAAAGAUAUGGUGUUGCUCCUGCUGUCGUACUUUGAUGAAAAGGAAGAUGCCAUAUUCUGUUAUGUGGAGGACACAUGCUUGGCAGGGGAAGUACACAUGGACCGAGUUCCCCUGACUCCCACCAUUGUUGUGUGUGGACGAUCCUGCUAUUCUGCAAAACGCUUCAUGCUGAGUGUGGAUCAAAACAUUGUACAGGACAACAUCCCCUCCUUCAUGUCUGUCCUGUGCCUGAUGUUUGGGAGCUACUAUUGCUUGAAUAUACAUUAUCCAUCCUGCCUGGCAUCAACCCUGGAGUUUCUGCAGCGGUGUUUUUUCUCCAUCAACCCGGAGAAGGGCACUAAAGUAGAGAAGACAAAAAGAUCCCGUCUUCAUUUGAACCCCCGAGUCCUUACCUUGAUUCAAGAGCUUUCAGAUUACGAGUGGAUUGAUGUAUAAAUAUGGACUACAACCAGUAAGACUGAUGCAAACUCAACAUUUGUUUCAGCUCAUUAUCUGCAGAGUUUUUCAGGCCUAAGGAGCAAGCAAAUUGGUAGCUCGUAUGCAUUUUUUGUUGAGGUUUAAUUGUUGUUGUUUCUGUGAUGUAAAACCCACGGGUCACAUACAUCCAUAUUGGCCCUGUUAUGCCUUAGUUUUGUGUUUUAUAUUGAACAGUCCAUUUUAAACACUGUGUACAGGAACAUAGUGUAAGUCAAGUUCUGUGAAAUAUUUUUGUUGGUAGUUUAAUGUUUUUGGGAAAGUGAUGUAGCUAUGCAAACACAGUACCAACACACAUACAUGCAGGAAGGUAGAAAAAGCAUUCUUUGUUUUUCGUUAUUCAUGUUACAUUUAUCAUAAAGUCCUAGAAAUCAUCAUUAGUUUUUCAGAUGAGAGGUGCUUAGAGCAUAAACCUUGAAGCUUUUUCUACUAAUAUCAGACUACAACACUCUCCCUCAAAACACAGACACAUCUACUCGUACAGACCAUUGAAAUUGAAUGAGCAGAAUCUGCAAAUCAGAGCAUUUCUGGGUGGUUCAUCUUUCCAUAGCAACAGCUGUACACGUUCAACUGAUGUUACCACAUCUGCAGAAGAAUAUUUAUGUUGGCUAAGUUAAUGUAAGCCUUAUGCCCACUUAGAUAACACGUUAUAUUUUCACAAGAAAAGGAGUGAAAUAAUUGUAAAAAUCCUGGGACCGUUUGAUUAAGAUGAUUUUUCUUGAUUUCUCUGAAUAAGUUAUUAGAGGAGUUGGACACUGUUAAGUUGUUUUUACUCCCCCAGCAGCUGUAGCAUUGCCUGGGGGCCUCAAUCUUUCAACUUCCCUUCAGAGGAAAGACGGUGUUUUUUUCUAUUCUAAAGUAUGUAAAGUACAUGUGUGUGUACGUUAAAAAAAAUGUUUAAUAAAUUCCUGAAGAGGCAA